UCUAAAUUCUAAAGGCAAAGUAAGAAUCUUGAAUAGUCAAUGUUGAUCAAAAUAUGGUAUGUGUUAAUAACAGAAUACACAAUCCUUCAUCCAUUGCUUUUAAUUGUAUAACAGGACCUUUCUUGGUUGCAAAAUAUUAACAAGUAUAAAAGUAAAUCAAGCAUGAGGAAAAUAUAACCUUGUGUCCACAAAUAUCAACAGUAUCAUAAUUGUUUCUCCAGCAUGAUUUGUUUACAGCCUCCAUUUUGAAUUUCCGGCCUGUUUCAUUGCCGACAGUUCAGCCUGGAGUGCAGGGACCUGCUGUCCAGGGCAUAUCUGGCCCUUCAGCCACCUUUACACCCACUGCAGCAGGACUUCAUCCUCCUGAGCCCCAACCAUUAGGACUAGAGCAGGUUCAGGCCAUGAUAGCUCAGGCCCUGGCCCAAUUCAUGGCCACUUCUGCCCCUCAACAUCUCCCUCAAGGCGCAGCACCACAGCCUCCACCUCGUCCUGACGCACCAGGCCUCACAGAGGACGUCUCAUCGGGAUCGGACGACUACAAUUCUUCUCGCCUGAUCCUAUCAGAUGAUGAGGUUACCCCAGCAUCGGAUCCAGCAUCACCUACCGGGCUCUUUGACCAUUCCCUCUUCAACUCCUUGCUCCUCAAGGCCUGACCAUGGCCAAUCUUACUCCAGAACAGGAGACCCCAGCUCCUUCUACGUCAGUGGUUCUCAACCUAUAGGUCGCGACCCCAUUUGGGGUCGAACAACCAUUUCACGGGGGUCGCCAAACAACGCAGUCCGCCAUUUUCCCCCCUUUUCCUUAGCUGUGCUACUCCCUCUUAUUGGCUUUCAAAAGUGCCACAGGUGGCACGCAGAGCCGUUCCUGCCUUCCUCCUCUUUGCGCAUGCACAGCUUUUUCCUAUAUAAACUAAGGAAGUUUCGGUUUCGGAGCACGUGGCAGAAAGCGAGAGAGAACAAGCGGCAGAAAGCAAGGGAGGCCUCCACCACCACCACCACUUCUGUUUCUCCCGCUUGGCUCGCCUGACAGAGGGAAAGCGGGGUGGUCGAAGAAAGACCAGCUGGAUACUAGAACCGCUCUUGCCGCUCAGAGACUGAGGCAGCAGCAAUCUCCAGCCACAGACGCCUUCCGGAGCUGCCCGAGGAUGGCCCGAUGCUUUUUAGUGAAGAGGAGUCACAGACCUAUGCCCAUCUCUUACCGGACGCGUUGCUCCUGCUACCCGGCCGCUGGGCUGGAAGGAGGCAAUCCGUGCAGCUCUUGGUUCCUCCACCUUUUCCCACCCCUCAUUUCCCCAGCGUGGCUUCUGCCUCAGAAUCUGCUGAAGCCUGUGCCCAUGGUGCCACAGUUUGGGACGCCGGAGGGCCCCUCUUCGCCGGUGCCGCUGCACAGUCCAGCGCGAGCGGUGAGCAAGGAACGUAGCCUCCACCUGGCCUCGCCCAUCUCGGCCAAGUCCUUCCCAGCGCCGGAACCGUUACUCUUGGGCCCUGGAGGAAACCUCAAGCUUUGGGCAGUCGCCACUGCUGCCAUCACUUCUGGCCCGCUGCUUGCCCCUCAGCGCAGCCAUGGGCCGAGUCCAGGCGCACUGAAGCGGUCUCAGGGCAGAAAGGCCAAGGCAGCCCGCAAGUUGCACUUCGAGAACAAGGUGAGUACGUUGCCGGUGUGCCGACCAAGGCCAAGCCUGUUCCGGAGGAGACUGCCAAGGGAGGGGGUGGCAGUGGUGGCGGCAACAAUAGUAGCAGCAGCGAGUGGGAUACACCGAGUCCCGGGAGCAUUGGGGGCGGCAGCAGCGGAGAACCAGAAGUUGCUGGAGCCGAGGAAUUCACCUGCCAGUGUUGCGCCAAGCACUUCCGACGACAGAGCACCCUGUGUAAGCACCUGCCCCUCCACCAUGAGCCCCUUGACGGCUUGUCCCAGGCUCGCCCGCUUCCGGAGGCCUGUCUGGAAGAGGCAGCGCUGGACAGCCACAGCCCGCUGAACUUGUCUGGGGAGUGCCACCUCUGCCCAGUGUGCAGGGAGACCUUCCCCAGUAAGAGCAAUCAGGAGCGUCACCUGCGCGUGCUCCAUGCCACCCAGGCCUUCCCCUGCAAAUACUGCCCGGUGACAUUUUACAGCUCGCCAGGCCUCACCCGCCACAUCAACAAAUGCCACCCCUCGGAGAACCGGCAGGUCAUCUUGCUCCAGGUCCUCGUGUGGGUGUGAGAGGGCAGCCGGCGGUUCUGAGGCACGCGGAUCCUCUGCGCAGCUUCCGAGGCUCCGGAUGUGCCGCCAGAGUCUCCCCCCCUCCCCGGACAAUUGUGCAGAGCUGCUUGUGCGUCGGCAGCACCUCCCCCCGUCAAUCUCUCUCUCUCUCCUU